AUGAAUUUUGUUGCUACAGAAGCGGAGUUAGAAAGAGCCAAAAAGUACAUGUGGAAUGAAUCGAAAUGUGGCCUGCACUGGAUUCGAGAUAAAGGAAAAAUCCAACCACGUUUUGUUAAAAACCGUCUGGAUGAAAUACGGAAAUUCUCUGCAUUAUUCAAGUAUGUCCCAAACUGUGACAAUUCAGCGGAUAUCGCUACAAGGGGUAUCACUCCAGAAGAAUUGUUCUCCAAUCUCAGGUGGUGGAAAGGGUCCCCGUGGUUGGGUGAUGAAACGAUGUGGCCAAAUUGGGACCCUGAUGAAUGUUAUUCUGGAACGGUAACAUCUGAAGACAUUGUUUCUGAAGGUGUGGUAUCAAUGAAAAUUGAAUGCGACCCAAGUUUGCUCUGGAUUGAUUCCGAAAGGUACAGUAAUUUGUACCGGAUGGUGGGCUUCGCAGGAUACUUUUUACGAUUCAUUAAAAAGGUAACAAAGGAGAAGUUCAGUUGGCUUGAUCAUACGUCCAUCACAGGUCCUUUAACUGCUGCUGACUGUCAGAUUACGGUACGAUGUAUACUGCUGCAGGAACAAAGAAGUGGGAUAAAUGAUGAAGAAAAGAUGGGAGUUGUAUGA